CUGCUGUUACCACCCAAGCAGCCUUCUACGGGAUCAUUCUCUAGUGCUCUCUUAAUCGCGCCUUCACCAGAAUCUCCAUCCUACUACUCUAUCAGCCCUUCUUCACCUACAGCUGGAUAGAGCGGAUGUGUCCCUCUCGCAACCCUCUGCCAUGCCGGCUCUUUUCAGAGUGAAGCUACCACGGCAGCAGAAGACGGCCCUAGCUGAUGUGCUUGCUUUGGGCUUUUGUCAGUCGAGAAACACCGACCAGCCUCCUCGUCCCCUUGCAUGGAGCUAAGGGGCGGUAUUCAUGUUUAGCAUGGCUCACUGUUUCCCGCUCUUUGAGCAUUUGCAUCGUCUAUGUCCUUCACCUCCCGGCUCCCAUCGAAAACAACCGAAAGAACUUUACACCAUCGCUCAAGACAUAUGAGCUAUUCGACUCGACAUCCAACAUGCCGACACUCAAAAUGUACUGGAUGAGUGCAAAAGUUAAUGCUGCCAUCACUUGUGCAUGCAUCAUGAUUCUCAAGCCGCUUAUUCAGCAAUCUUUCGGUCGGAUAUUCUCCACCCUAAGCCAUUACAUCCACGACUACAGUCUCCUCUUGAUGACCCCUAUUCCACGGCACCCACAGCAGAAGCUUCCACAGUAGGCGAGGAUCAGGGACUCACUCUCU